GACCUAACUCGUUUAUCCUAUUUGCAAUGAUUUUGCAAACAACAGUUUUAAAUAAUGUACUUGAUGGCAGAAUGUUUCGUCCAGUACAGGAGGCUCCUGACAUUGCAUUUGACGUCUCGCAUAUCCGAAAGCCCGAGGCUAUCUCACAUUAUAUGAUCCCAUUAAUUUGGUCCGUAAAAUUAUAUUUAAUGCCACAUUUGCCGCACACAUCCGACCCUUAACAUGAAAAGGUGUCUCGAUUUUUUUUUCAGGAGCCCAAUCGCCAACACCGUAAACCCCAGAGCGGAGUUUAAAAACCUUUUACAUAAGCUUAAAAAACGGUGAGAAACAUUUUUCUUCUUUUCACAUCCUUAAGUUAGUUUGAUUCUUGCACUGUAACAGUGUCCAAUCCAUAUCUCCAGCAAAAAAAAAAAUGUGACACGCGAAACAAGUUGGCAUUUGAUGCGCUUUUAAAGCUCCCGUUAUUUCAAUGAUCGAUCACAUUUUAUCGUUUGCUUUCCCCGUGUGCGCCCAGAAGCAAGUCAUCCGAUGCACUUUUCUUCAGCUGUUACAGCAAAAGUUAUUUUUUCCUCCACUCCGCAUACUUCUGUCGCUCCUCUGGCUUUGAAAGCCAGCGAUCAGCACACCAUUCGAAGGUCCUGAGCACUCAGAACGUCUCUCGCCAAACUCUUUCUAGUGCAAGACAGCAGCUCGUCGCCUUGCCCAUUGCACUGCCCCAAGGAGGGAGGGAGCUGGAAAAGCCACUCCCACGCCUCGCGGCUCCAUGUCCCGAGACUCGUCCGCCACUCAGCGCCACCUGCCGGCGGCAGCUCGUAACUGUGGCUCUUUCUCUCUCUCUUUUUUUUCUUUUUUUUUCCUCCUUCCGAUUCUCCAAUGUUCACAGCUCGGCCGGAGCCUGUCGUCCUCCAGGCUUCAUUUCCGACGGGUUUUUAAACACUCCCGACCGCCCCAGGAUCCGCGCGGGACCGCGUUGAAGGAGGAUCAUGUCCAGCGACAGGCAACGAUCGGACGACGAAAGUCCGAGCACCAGCAGCGGCAGUUCUGACGCAGAUCAGCGGGACCCGCCGGCACCCGAACCCGAGGAGCACGAAGAGCGAAAGCCGCCCUCCGCCACUCAGCAACAGAAAAAGAACACAAAGCUCUCCAGCAAAACCACUGCUAAACUGUCCACAAGUGCUAAAAGAAUUCAGAAGGAGCUCGCUGAAAUUACUCUGGACCCUCCUCCCAACUGCAGCGCUGGGCCCAAAGGAGACAACAUUUACGAAUGGAGGUCCACUAUCCUGGGCCCCCCUGGCUCUGUGUACGAGGGUGGCGUCUUCUUCCUGGACAUCACCUUCUCUUCAGACUACCCCUUCAAACCACCAAAGGUCACGUUCCGCACCAGGAUCUAUCACUGCAACAUCAACAGUCAGGGCGUCAUCUGCCUGGACAUCCUGAAGGACAAUUGGAGCCCCGCCCUCACCAUCUCCAAGGUCCUGCUGUCCAUCUGUUCCCUCCUGACAGACUGCAAUCCUGCGGACCCCCUGGUGGGUAGCAUAGCCACACAGUACCUGACCAACAGAGCGGAGCAUGACAGGAUAGCUCGGCAGUGGACCAAACGAUACGCCACAUAGGCCCCCAGGGGCCCCGCCAACAGCCGGCCCCUCGCGUGAAGAGCCUGGAGGCGACUUCACCGCGUGCAGCAAAUCUUUAUAGCCUUUACAAUACGGACUUCUGUGUACAUGUUAUACUGGUUCUGCUCUGUGCUUUUACCUCAUGAAGACUGAGACGGGAGCCUCGCAGGUAAAUGCUACUCGAGUAGAAUUUUGUAGCUGUAGAUUUAGUUAUGUUUAAAUGCCUACUUGCAAGUCUUGCUUCUUUUGGGAUAUAAAAAUGUAUUUUGUGAUGUAAUAAGGGAAACUGUUCCUAAAGUCAACCAAAUAUUAUGGUGCAUUUUAGCCUAAUCCAUUAUCUGUAUGAAGUUAAGGAGAAAAGGAAAAAAAACAACAAAAAAAAAAACUAGCUGUAGAUGAUUAGGAAUUAUGUCAUUUAUAUGAAACCCAGAUCCAUUUCCAGUUAUGUGGUACAUGCUGUUGUGAACUCUGUUUUACCUUUGUCAGUUUGUAACGAAGAGAUUUCAUCGAACCUUUUGUAGUUCAGCGAAGGUGAACCGUCACUGUAACAUCACCAAACACAAUAAACUUGUUCCCCAAGGUGA